AUGAAGAAACAAUGCUCCUCAGGACUGCAUCGUCUGCAUCGAUGUAGCGCGUGCAGGUGGCUGCGCUGCGGUACAUAUCGCAUCACCGCCCGCCCGCAAUUUCGCGUAAAAUUGGCCGCGUGCGGCGGGCGGGCGGGCGGCAGCGGUGCGGAGCGUCGCUCCCGAAAUAGUGUUCGGGUGCGGUCGUACGCUCUCGGGAGCGGCGCCCCAGUCGCCGUGAGGCCGCGCGCGCGCACCCGCGUCGCCUCGCCAGCCGUAUCGACGCCGGACGAAUACCCGGGUGACAAGGCGAGCUCGACGGUGCUCGGCGUCGUCGUGCGUAUUUCGGUCGUGAGAGGGCCCCGGACCGCGUCGAGCGCGCUGCCCGCGCGCUGGCCGCCGUGCUCUGGUGGUGGUGCGUGGCGCUGCUGCGGUUGGUCGCGUUCUGCGCGCCUCCCCCCGGCCCAUCCGGCGUCGGCGCGCCGCCGCCGCCCUCCGCCCGCGCCGCGGAAGAUGCGCCGCCGGCGACCGCUUGCGCGAUCGCGCCCUCUAACACCACCGAGCUACCGCCGCCGCCACCGCCCACGGCGCCCGACCCGCCAGCGCCCACCGAGGGGUCUGAAGGAAGAAAGAGGGGUACGGGGUAACGUCGCGUGGCACGAGGAUGUGGGUUAUCAGGGCGAAACUCCGAGACAUCCCACCCCCUAAUUCCCGUUCGCAGUGCGCAACUACGCUUUCGCUCGAACCCUCGCAAUCCAGCCGGUGAAUGUGAUAUCAGUAUGGCAAAACACAAGUGUCAUGUUUCUCGGAAUUAUAACAACAAAAUGUAGACAUAUCAAAGGCAGGUCAUAGAGGCAGCCGGGUGCCGAUAACCGAUACAGCACUCGUGCCAAUUAUAUGUGCAGAUAGUCGUUGUUCGUGAAUAUAAUUCAAUUUGUAAUAGGUAUGGUAAUGUUGUCCAUAUUGAUCUUCAUAACGUGCUAAACUUAUAUUUAGUUUAUAUCGAAAUAUUGCCAUAUGAACAAAAUGAUGCGAUUGCAACAUCAAUAAAAAAUACAUUCUAGCUUCAAAAUGAACAGUUAGUUUUUAUUCCAGUUUUAUAGUUUCUUGUGAAUGUAUAUAUUUUAUGUGUGUUUUAAAUGUUUAAAACAAUUUUAAAGCAGUAUUAGUUAUGUAUUACUUACUGUAACUUAAAAGUACUUACUGUUAGUAAUAUCAUUCACUUAUGUUAUACAUUAGUUUUACCGUUUUUUAUUACGAAAGUAUAUUACUAACUUUCUUCAGUGACUUCGCCUAAGUGAUCCUGUAGUAGGCAGAUAAACCUCCUCUUGAAUCACUGUAUUGACGAAAACUGCAUUAAAUCAUAAACUCAGCCCGUACGCUAAGAUUUCCCGCUGGAAGCGCCUUUUUUAUAUAUAAAGAAUAUUAUAUUAUAUAAAGAAUACUAUAUAAAGAAAGAUGUGUUGUUACUUAAAAUUUUUAUAUUCAGUAACAAAAUAUAUAUUUUGUUCAUAGAUACAAUUUAGAUCGAUUUCUUUUCAUAAAAAUAAAAAAAUAUAAUUGUCUAAUCAAUAUAAAAUAAAUUCUUCUAGAUUUUGUCUUUGGAUCAGGGUGGCAAUCUCUUUGUAGUGGCAACGAUACGUUCUUAUUUCAUAAUUUUUUUAUUUUUUAUUUACCAGGUUCACUUAAAUUGGAUUCUAAGAAAUGCGUAUCAUCACUUCAUCAUCAAAUUAAUGAAUAAUGAUUACACUUCAACAAACAUAUGCUAUCAUAUUUUCUUACAUAUGAUGAUAAUUUUAUCACACAAAUUAAUGUUCGCUUACGCUAUAUUUAUAAUAAGUCGUAUGAGUCAUGAACAAAGUCGUUAAUUAUAAUUAUAAGUAUAUCAAUACGACUAAUUAAUACGUCAAUGAAAUAAACCUCAACAUAGAACAAUAAUUUUUCUUUUUUUAACUUGCAAUUUGUAUACCCACUCAAUCAUAUGAAUUCGGCAAUGAAUUAAAAACUUUUCUGUUUUAGAUUUUAAUUGCAAAAUUCCAACAAGCUCAUGAAUAUUUUUUUUUUCUAUAAAUUAUCUAAUUUUUUUUUUCGAACACAACCUAUUUUUAACCAGCCAUAAACAGGAACAUUAAAAAAUAAAUAAAACACUGAAUUUAAUAAAAAAAAAUGUUGACGUACGGAGCAUUAACCCGAUCAUAAAUGGUUUGGAAACACGAAGGUUUCGUAUAAAUUAAUACGUAUAGUUUGGGAAAUAAAUAAAAUAUAACAUAAUUCCGUACAAAAUUAAUAAAAAACGAAACAUGCAAGAGCAGAAA